ACUCGAUUCAGCCGUACAUUCAAUUUAGUGGAGUCAAAAAAGGCGCAAGAGACAGAUUGACUCAGUAAGUGACAAAUAUUUGUAAAAUGAAGUUUGUUGGUAUUUUCAUAUUUGUUGCUCUAGUUAUUUUUGUAAGUGCUCGAAAUCACCUGGAUAAUGAAGUGUCGGAAGUAAAAAAUUUAACGGAUGAUGACAUCAAAGUGGUUUGUUAUUUCACAAAUUGGUCAUGGUAUCGGCAAGGAAUCGGAAAAUAUUCACCAGAGGACAUCGAUUCGCACUUAUGCACUCACAUCGUCUACGGGUUUGCUUCAUUAGAUGCAAAUACAUUAAAAAUCAAAACAUAUGAUUCAUGGGUAGACAUCGACAAUCACUUCUAUCAACGCGUUACUGCUUAUCAUCAAAAAGGAAUAAAAAUAUUGAUUGCCAUUGGUGGAUGGAAUGAUUCCACUGAAAAAUACAGUCGUCUACUUACAAAUCCAAGUGCAAGACACAAAUUCAUCGAGAGUGUUAUAGAUUUCAUUGGAAAAUAUAAUUUUCAGGGUCUGGAUCUCGAUUUGGAAUAUCCAGGAUGUUGGCAAGGAUUAUGUCGAGCAAGUUCCGCACGAGACAGACAAGGAUUUUCACAAUUUAUUCAAGAAUUAUCAGAAACAUUUAAGCCGCACAAUUACUUGUUGUCUGCGGCAGUUUCGCCAGGCAAACAAAUCAUUGACAUUGCCUAUGAUGUACCAAUACUGUCACAAUAUUUAGAUUGGAUUGCAUUGAUGGCAUAUGAUUAUCAUGGCAGUUGGGAUCGAUCAACCGGACACAAUGCACCGCUUUACUAUUAUCCAGGCGACAAAUAUGAUUAUUUCAAUGUCGAUUACACUGUAAAUUAUUGGAUUAAAAAGGGAGCACAAUCGGACAAGCUGGUUUUGGGAGUACCUGCUUAC